GUGCUUCUCCCUCCUCCACCAAAUAUCUCAUGCCCUCUCUCUAAUUUCUAUCUCUAAAAAGACACACCUCAAAUUCUCAGCCAUUUUCCAACGAUCCGAUUUCGACCCAAAUGGGUAUUUGCAGCUCGUCCGGGUCGACCCAAGUGGCCACCGCCAAGCUGAUUCUACAGGACGGAAAUUUACAAGAAUUCCCGUACCCGGUAAAGGUUUCCUACGUGCUCCAAAAGAACCCCACUUGCUUCAUCUGCAACUCCGACGAGAUGGACUUCGACGACGUCCUUCAGGCCGUCAGUGAUAACGAGGUGCUCCAGCCGGGACAGCUCUACUUUGCCUUGCCGCUCAGCUGGCUCAAGCACCCGCUGCAAGCGGAGGAGAUGGCCGCAUUGGCCGUAAAAGCCAGCUCCGCGCUUAUGAAGAGUGGCGGCGAAAAAUGUGGAUGUCGCCGGAAUUCGGUGUCUCCACUGAUAUUUUCCGGCGUGGAGGUGAAGGAUCGCCGGAGAGUGGUGGCCAGUGGGGGGUCGAGGAGGCGGAGGGAUAGUGGUGGAAAUGGACGGUUUGCGGCGGAGUUGAGUGCAAUUCCGGAGUAGGGGUAGUUUGGGAAAUAAGAUGGGUAAUUGUGUAAAUAGAUUGUAACGAUUUGGAUGUGAUUAGUGGGUGGCUAGAUUUGCUUAAUUUUGUUUAGGAGUUUAAUUUGUUUGUCCCCUAACCAUUUUGGGGUGGUGUUACAAUUUUACCCUGAUGGUUUUGAGAAAAUUGAAUUAAAAAAAAAAAAAAACAAACAAACAAAAUGUUCCCCAUAAAAA